AUGACAAACAUGGACCCUAUCCACGCCGGGUGGCUGUCCCGAGCGCUGAUUCUCUCGGCAGUACGCGUCGAAAAGGUUUUCAGGAAAGUAGCUUUUUGGAAACCUCCGGCCGGCUUACCUUCGCUAUUUGGACUUUGCAUCAAAGUUAAGCCCAAUGAAGACCUUGCUGAAGCGCGAGCGAUGCUUUUUGUCGCCGAGCACACAUCUGUUCCUGUACCCAAGCUGUAUUGCGCCUUUAUUCACCAAGGAUCUACAUACAUUGUUAUGAGCAGGAUAAGAGGACAAAUGGCAUGGCUGCGCUGGAAGGACCGCUCAGAAGCGUCUCGACGGCAAGUCCUUCGUCAGUUGAGGGAAAUGGUGAUACAAAUACGCACUAUUGCCCCGCCAGCAGACACUGGUGUGGCUAACGUCGAUGGCGGCCCUAUUUACGAUUGCCGCUUACCCAAAGACCCUUCCUGGGGCCCAUACGCGACCAUGCAGGACUUCCACAAAGAGCUCGUCAACUGCAAUGAUCUCAGUACCCGUUUCGGCAGCCCAUACGAAGAUCUAAACGAACUACUAGAAUUCUACCAAAAAUUCAACGAACAUCCGGUCUUUACGCAUGGAGACCUCAGCAGUCUCAACAUUUUGGUACGAGGAGAUGACGUCGUUGGUAUUGUGGAUUGGGAGACAGCUGGCUGGUUACCCCCUUACUGGGAAUACACGUCUGCAUGGUUUGUGAAUCCUCAGAAUCCUUUCUGGCAAGCGGAGGUGGAUAGAUUCUUGACUCCUAUGUCGUAUGAGCUAAAAAUGGAAAAGAUCCGUCGGAAAUAUUUUAAUACAAUAUGA